GGAGAGGAGAAGUUGUGGUUUUCAUUCGUUGGUUUGGUGGUUGUUUUUGGAUCUGAUAGCUUCUUCGCCUUUCUCUCUCUUUUUAAGAAAACAGAGACAAAGACAAAAACAAAAACAGCUACAACAUUAUACAUAGCCAAAUCAAAUAAACAAACAUAAUCAAUUAUAUAUUGCUUUACUUUCUUUCCCCAACCUCCCAACAUUUCUUUCUUUCUCUGCUUGAUCUUUUAAACCUUCCUUUUUCGACACUUUUUGUGGAGAUCACGAAGAAUAUAAAGGCACUGUGUUUCUUUGGCUGUGAAUGGAAGGAAAGAAGGAAGGAAGGAAAGAGGCUGACUAAUAGAAAUAUAUUUUUUGAGUUGUUGAAUUUUCAGUAGCGCUCGUAGCUUGUAUUAUUAUGAUUAUUUGUUUGUUUUUGAGAUGUUGUAUUUGAAACAGCCUAGCUCUAUUAUAUGUAAAGGCUGUGAUCAUUUGAGGUAAAUUUAUAAAGAAUUCACCGACUGGUGCAUGCUUUUGUGAUCAUUUCCCUGAGCCGGGGGCUCGGGGGAGAUCUGAACUGUCAAUUUUGAGAUUUUUGAGAGAGUGUCCGGUGAUGGCGUUAUCAGAGAACGGGACCUUCUCUCGGUCACUUUGUUUGCAAAAAUUCCGGCUCUACGAGACCCGAUCGAUGUUUUACAUGAUAGGAAGAGACAAGGAUAGAACUUAUUGGAGAGUGCUAAAGAUUGACCGGUCAGAUCCUUCAGACCUAAACAUCCGUGAAGAUUCUACCACGUAUACUGAAGGUCAGUGUUCUGAGUUGUUGAGACGGAUACAUGAAGGGAACUUAUCGACUGGUGGUCUGAAAUUUGUCACUACUUGUUAUGGCAUUAUUGGGUUUGUUAAGUUUUUGGGCCCUUACUACAUGCUGCUUAUCACAAAAAGACGGCAUAUUGGUGCAAUACGUGGUCAUAAUGUUUAUGCUGUUUCCAAAACAGAGAUGAUUCCACUUCCGAAUUCAAGUGUCCAGUGCAGUCUCACUGAUUCUAGGAACGAAAGCAGAUACAAGAAGCUUCUGUGCAUGGUGGAUCUUACAAAGGACUUCUUUUUCAGCUACUCAUACCAUGUUAUGUGUAGUCUUCAAAAGAACUUAUAUGAUACUCAGACAGGGCAGGUCCUCUAUGAAACCAUGUUUGUUUGGAAUGAGUUUUUGACCCGAGGAAUCCGGAACCACCUCCAGAAUACUAUGUGGACUGUUGCAUUGGUAUAUGGCUUCUUUAAACAGGACACACUUUCUGUAUCUGGACGCGAUUUCAAACUUACCCUUAUUGCAAGACGUUCACGACAUUAUGCUGGUACUAGGUAUUUGAAACGAGGUGUGAAUGAGAAAGGUAGAGUAGCUAAUGAUGUUGAGACAGAGCAGAUUGUGUUUGAAGAUGUUCCUGAAGGCUUUCCAGUGCAAAUAAGUUCUGUUGUCCAGAACCGUGGUUCCAUCCCGCUUUUUUGGUCACAGGAAACCUCACGUUUGAAUAUUAAACCAGAUAUUAUAUUGUCAAAGAAGGACCAAAAUUAUGAAGCCACCAGACUUCAUUUCAAAAAUCUUGUGAAGAGAUAUGGAAACCCUAUUAUUAUUUUGAAUUUGAUUAAGACACAAGAGAAGAAGCCUCGUGAAUCAAUUCUUCGUCAAGAGUUUGCUAAUGCAAUUGAUUUUAUUAACAAAGAUUCAUCAGAGGAAAAUCGCCUGAGGUUUCUUCAUUGGGAUUUACAUAAACAUUCCCGAAGCAAUGCAACAAAUGCCUUGCUAAUUUUGGGAAAAGUGGCUACAUUUGCGCUGACAUUAACAGGGUUCUUUUAUUGUCGAGUAAUGCCAGCCCUGAGGCCAGAUGAAUGCAUAAACUGGCCUUCUUCCAAGAAUGUGGACAAUGGCAGCUUCUCUCAGAAUAUUUGUGAAAUUGAUAAUGAAGAUGCACACAGCUUAGGGAGGAAUCAUAGUGUUGGUAAUGGUGUUGCUAAUGGAGACCAUCCUAUUAAGUCUCCCAAGUUACAGAGGGGUGUGCUGAGGACCAAUUGCAUAGACUGCCUGGACCGUACAAAUGUUGCUCAGUAUGCAUAUGGGCUGGCUGCUCUUGGAAAACAGCUUCACACUCUAGGGGUUAUAGAUACCCCAAAGAUUGACCUGGGUGCUCCAUUGGCAGAUGAUUUGAUGGGGUUUUAUGAAAGAAUGGGUGACACACUUGCACACCAAUAUGGUGGCUCGGCAGCUCACAAUAAGAUAUUCUCGGAGAGACGGGGUCAGUGGAAAGCGGCUACCCAGUCCCAGGAGUUCUUCAGAACUCUUCAACGGUAUUAUAGCAACGCAUACAUGGAUGCCGAGAAACAAGAUGCAAUUAAUGUAUUUCUGGGCCACUUCCGGCCACAACAGGGUAAACCUGCACUCUGGGAGCUGGAUUCAGACCAGCAUUAUAGUAUGGGAAGAAGUGGGCAAACAAAUGUUGAUGAUGAUGGAAGGUCACUUUUCAAGAGAUCGUUUUCAGAUGGAAACAUACUUGGUGAAACUGGAUCACCCAUGUCUGCCACGAAUGUCAAGCAGGAGAAAGUUUGCCGUUCGGGUUUUCCCAAUCAAUUGCAGGGAGGAAGCAAUGGUCUUUUAGAGUCAUCUCCUGAGAUAUCAACCUCUGAAAGUGAUAUGGCAUUUUCAAGGUAUACUCCCUCGAUGCCUCGCAAGCAGCUGUUUGGAGAAAUGCAAAGAGACCGAUACCUUGAAAGUGAUCAUAUAUACUUCUCUGAAAAUGGAGAUGCAUCCAGCUUCUCAAACUUUGUUGAUCUGGACUGGCUAUCAUCCUCUGGAAAUUCAUGUGAGGAAGAUCCAUAUGAAAGGUCAUCAAUGCUUACAAGCUCACCAAUUGCUGGGCUAUCAUUAGAGAAUGUUGUCAAUGGAGUAAUUGGAGAUUCUACCCCUUCCACUAGUGAAUGCGGAUCCAGCAUAAAGGGAAGGGAGCAGACUGGAACAGAAAUAGAGCUAUGCUACGUGGAUGCUGAGGAUUCCAAUGUUCUUGAAGACUAUUCCGAUAGCUUCGUCCAUUGGGUAACCUAUGGAGAGACGCUCUGCCAUUGAAGUGGGACUCAUAUAUUUCCCUGGAUUUAAUCAUUCAACUCAAGACGAUCCAAAUCAGCCAACUCAUCAAUGCAUAACAAAAAUCAUUGGAUCAAGGAGAAACAAAGCAGCAGUAGGGUUGCAGUCUUGGUAAUCCUUCAAUCCUGUGUUUUUUACAAUUCGCAGAAUUGAUUCCAUCUGAACCAGAGCCGGUAACAAAUUAGGGUAAAAGAGUAAAUAGCAGCAGCAGCAGCAGUAAAAAUUCUUUUUGGAGCUCAUGACUUUGUUAUUCCAUGUGUUUAUGGUCAAUUUGAAUCUUGUAAAUAUAUAAGUACUUGGCUCUAUGAGAGCUCCAGUUUUAGAGUUUAAGGUAAUUAAUUCUUUAUUUGUUUGUUCAUGUUUAUUUUAUUAGUGGUCCGAGGUGAAUUACUAACAUUCAAGUUAAAACAUAUUUUGGAAGAAAGGCCAACAACAACAUUAGGACUGAUGUUGUUACUAAUUUAGUGUCUGUUCUCCUUAUUCGAUGCUCCUUUUCAUGGAAUUACUUUGAUGUCUA